ACAUUUUAGACUUUAAUUUUAAAGACCAACGGCACUUGUUUACUUGUUAUUUUUACGGAUUUUUUCAGAUAUUUGAAAUGAAUCUUUUCAAGAGCAGUAUGUUAAAGCCAAGAUUUGUCAGAAAAUUUGUCCCAAAUCAUUACUUUGAUCAAAAUUUAAAGAAACAUUUGACAAGGCAUGCUUCUACAACUGGUCAAAAUGGUCGACAGACAUUGGUUAUUCUUGGCACAGGUUGGGGUGGCUACAGCCUUUUGAAAAAUAUUGACAAAAAACUAUUUGAUGUGAUUGUAAUCAGCCCACGAAACCAUUUCUUGUUUACACCGUUGUUAGCAAGCACGACAGUGGGUACUCUGGAAUUUCGAAGUAUUAUUGAACCAGUUCGGAAUACCAAGUUUAGAGAUGACCAUCAUUUUCAGCUAGCCAAAGCUGUCAAGUUGCAUGUGAGCAAGCGCGUAGUUGUGUGUCAAAGUGUUUUAAACAACGAGAGGUAUGAAGUUAAUUACGAUAAGCUCGUUAUUGCAGUGGGCGCAAGAAGCAAUACAUUCAAUGUCCCUGGCGUGGAAAAACAUGCAUUCUUUUUAAAAGAGAUAGCACAUGCCAGAGCGAUCAGAAAUCGAAUUUUGACAAACUUUGAGUUAUCAGUUCACCCAAAUAUCGCCCCAGACGAAGAGAAGCGAUUGCUACACUUUGUCAUCUGUGGAGGAGGGCCGACGGGUGUUGAAUUUGGUGCAGAACUGUACGACUUCUUGCGUGAAGAUGUAUCGAGACUGUACUCCCAAGAGAAAGACAAGGUACAAGUCACCUUAGUUGAGCCACAUCAGAUACUACCAUCAUUUGAUAAAAAGUUGCGAGCUUUUGCGGAGAAGAAAAUCCAGCAACGGUCGAGAUUUAAUUUGAUACAAAGUGGUGUUGUCCAGGUUGAAGAGGGGAGCGUCACAUUACAAAAUGGUACCAUAUUACCAUGUGGUUUGGUUGUUUGGUCAACUGGCCUCGCACCACGACCAUUUAUUGGUGAGCAUGCUGCUGUUUAUCAAUGGCAAAGAAUUUAUACAACAAAAUAUACCAUAUUUUCCAUUCCUUGCUCUCUUCUUCCAUCCUUCCCACCCUUCUUUUAUCCCCCUCCCCCCCCCCCCCCCCUUUGUUCCUCCCCCCCAAAUAAGCCACCAUUACUUUAUUUCAAUUUUCUUCACAGAAAACAUGGAGCAACCCAAAUCGCAACAGAAACAACUAGUGGUUGACGGAUUCCUGAAAGUCCAAAGCAUAACGGAUGGCAAUGUUUACGCCCUGGGCGACUGUGCAUAUAUUGAAGAAAACCCUUUAGCAUGUACAGCUCAAGUAGCGGAACGCCAAGGCAGAUACCUUGCAAAACAAUUCGCUCAGGAGCUGAAACAACACCCAGAACUCAAGCCAUUUUCAUGGAGAAGUGCUGGGAUGCUAGCGUACGUUGGCGACUAUCAGGCCUUAGCAGAAUUUGAAACAUCGAAAUUCCGAGGUUUUAUGACAUGGGUUUUGUGGAGGUCAGCAUAUCUCACAAUGCUGGGCAGUUUUAGAUUAAGGCUUCAGGUACCAUUUGAUUGGAUGAGAGCUUUUGUAUUUGGACGAGAUACAUCUAAAUUCUAAUUAAUGCUAUAAUCCAUUAGCAGACAAUAUUGGGGGGGGGGGGAACCCUCCAAAUAAAUGACAAUAUAAUUUAUAUUGUUGGGGUUACAUCGUUUUAGAACUAUUAAACCAAUUUUUUAAAAUUUUAACAUUUUGUCAUUCAUCAUUCGAAGCAUUUAAAUGUUAAAAGUUUCCGUAAUAUCGUCGUUAUGCAUUGUUCAAAGACCUUGCGCGUUUUGGGCUUGCACGUUUCAGCGUCAAGGAUUGUAAUUCGGCGUCAAUGAUCGUAAUUACAAUCCAUCACAGCGGACACAGAUUUAAAAUUCUGCAAAAUUUUUUAACCACUAAUUAAGCACCAGCGCUCUUCCCUUGACGGGUAAAAUCGUCUGGCAUUAGACAGAGUAAAAUAAUAAACUAGGGCGCAAUGCAACUCAAUGGGUUAAAAAACAAAAUAGUGCCAACCUUUGUACAACGUUACAAAUAUGGAGAACAAUGGGAUUUUCAAAACAAUGAAAAGACAAUGGAACAUUCUGAGGACUGGAUGGCAUGGUAUAGUAGCUAUGCCUUCACACAGAGGGACAAUUGCGAACUAUGAAGCUGAAAAGACGACAACAUACCAACACAGUUGAAAUUGCUACAAUAUUUUAUUAAUGACAAUUCAGAUUAACAAUUAUUAUAUUCACAUUUAUAUUUGUCAGAAAGGGUAAAAGCACCGAGAAUGCCUGGCCGUUUACUAAUUGACAAACUGGCUUCUCUUUUAACAUUGCUAAGAAGGAGAUGUUAUACAAAAUCUGACAAAUUUGGAAAAUUAGUCUACGACUUUUACAUUGAUAGAAUUUACAAGAUACGAGAGACAAUUUACAAGAGUACGACAUUUAAUGCAAUAAAGUGACGUAUACCGCGACAACAUAUAUAGAGAGGGAGGUUUCUUGCGCCAUUGGCCUGAUAGUUCAACGAGUUGUAAGAUUUAACGUGGUCCAUUAAAAUUGGUUUGAAAUGUGGUUCGUCUCCAUUUAAUUCAUUUCAUCACGAUGUAAAAUUUUUGGGGAUCAUUGGUUCACUAACAUUGGCUGAGUGUUAGCAGGAGAAGGGGUUAAUCCCUGGUCGCUAUUUUGGACGUAGAAUUGCGCGUGUUGGCACGUUGAUAGCGCCAUGGGCAUGUGACCGGGAGGUGGGGGAGAGGAGAGGGGUUGGAUAUAGGUUUGUGGGGGGAAACCAGGGGAACUUAGGAUCACUUGACCCGCUGGUAAAAAGUUCUGAUCAUACAGCGUACCACCAUAAAAUACUGUCUGGCCAGCAAGGUAAGGGGAGUACUCAAAGAACACUUGCGCCUGACUCGGGGGACUCAUGGGGCCUGUCAUUGGACUCAUGGGUGUCGGUGGCGAGGUAGGUGACGUAGCCAUGACGUAGGUCUGUUGUCCAUUGGGGAAUACCAUACUGGUGGGGAUCACGAAUGGAGGAGGAGGGACCCU